UGUGUAUAUAUAUAUACACAUACAUACAAAAAUAAUCAUUCACAAAAAUAAUAAUAAGAAUAAUAAUAAUGUUUAUUACAUAACAUUUAUUAUUUUACUGAUAUGAUUACUUGGAAUUUAUCAAAAUUAUCUUCAAUCUGCAAUUUUAAUUUUAAUUUUUUUUGCGUGAGUGCAACCUUCACACCAAAGUCAUGUGCACAAGUCAAGCCUGCAUCAAAUGGGAGUAAAAAGUCAAGGAUUAGCACAAGAAUUGACGACGCACGACCGCAGACCACCCUUCUCGAAAAUGUCAAUUAGUGCAAGAAUUCAACUGGUUGACAAUUAGAAGUCAAUGUGUGUUUGACUCACACAAGAGCGGAUCUCUUCCCGUUGCGUAUCUUUGUCGAUGUUGUGAGUUUUAGGCGAUGAGUUCUUAAGCUUCUGGAGACAUUGUGUCGGUAGAGAUGGGGAAGAAUAUCAUAGAAAAGGAUACUCAAGCCUUUCUAGACGUGCUUUCCAAACAAGGAGGACCUCCAAUCUACACAUUGGCACCAAAAGAUGCUCGCGCCGUCCUGAGCGGUGCACAAGCAGGCUACGUCGAGAAAUUGUCAGCUGACGUCGAGGACAGAACCAUCCCUUUCAAGCAUCCAGUGUCGGUACGCAUCGUGCGACCGAGUGGAAACAAGAGCAAGUUGCCUGUGGCGAUGUAUUUCCACGGCGGAGGGUGGGUGCUCGGCGGCGUGGACACUCACGACCGUUUGGUCCGCAGCAUCGCGAACGGAGCCAACUGUGCGGUGGUGUUCGUCAAUUAUUCCCCUUCACCAGAAGCGCAGUACCCUAUCCCCAUCGAAGAAGCCUUUGCAGCGACCAAGUGGGUUGCGGAGAACGGGAAUGCGAUUGGUGUUGAUAGCUCGAAGCUUGCGGUCUGUGGAGACAGCGUGGGUGGCAAUAUGUCCAUUGCUGUGACCAUCAUGUGCAAGGAACGAGGCGGCCCUAAGCUUUGCUUCCAGUGCUUGUUCUACCCUGUCACCGACGCAUCGUUCGAUACCGAAUCGUAUAAGGAGUUUCACGAUGGGCCGUGGCUCACUCUUCAGGCCAUGCAGUGGUUCUGGGAUCAGUAUGCACCGGAUCACGAUGUAUGGGGGGAGCCGACUGCUUCUCCAUUGAGGGCACCGACGGAAGUAUUCAAAGGCAUGCCGCCGGCUCUCGUUAUAACUGGUGAGUUCGAUGUGCUGCGAGACGAGGGGGAGAACUUUGCGAGGAAGCUCAUUGAAGCUGGCGUGACUGUCACCGUUGCUAGAUAUCUGGGCACUAUCCAUGACUUCGUAAUGCUGAAUGCUCUCGCUCAAACGCCUGCCACAAAGGCAGCCAUUGCUCAGGCUUGUGAGUGUCUUAAGAAUGCAUACAAGUGAAACCCACCUUUGAAGGCUGUUGUUUAUUAAUCAACUCAUUGUUCA